AUGUCGCGGAAAAUUGAAGCAGCAGCGGAAGUGGUAAAUAGUAUUGGCGGCUUCCAAGAUGUGCCGCCACCCGAAUUUGUCAUUCCGCUGACCUUCCGCGGAGCCCGCAGGUGGGAUGCUGAGGCUUCUGAGGACCACGGCGAGGUGCAUUCGCCUCUGCGAGUGGCCGAGUGCGCGCGCAACAGUGCCACUCGCGCGAAUUUCGUCAGACUGUCGAGGGUUUCUCUCAGUUCUGUGCCUGCUGCCCAGAUCGUCGCACAUCGCGCUCAACGCUCCACCCUCGCCUCGAGACGUGAAGACAGGAGCCAAGGCCCACCGAGUUCUCAGGCCGCCUCGCCCGGGGAGGCGCCCCAUCGACAGUCCGCGAGCGCCGCAGGGCGGCUCGGCUCGGUUGCGCGAGACACCAGGCGUUUGGCACACAGUGAAGGGACCUCCGUGGGGCUCCCAAAUGGGGGCGCAUCUGAGUGCAAUCAACAGUCUUAUCGCCGCCGAGGACAGGACGCCCGCGGGGCCCCAUCCAAGCUGGCACACCAAUUCUGGUUCUCGUCCUCCGGCUACAUUCCACCCGGGGCUGGUGGAUCAUCAAAUAGCAAAUCGGCACAGACUGACGAGGAGAAGCAGAGAGAGCGCCAGAGAAAUGAGAGAGAGCAGCAGAAUGCUCAGUUGGAGGCGCAAAAUCUAAAAAGAGAGCGCGAUGCUCGCGAGGCGAGACAAUUGGACCUAGAGAUACGACGUCAGCAGGAGAGAGAGGCUCGCCAAGCACACUUGGAAUCCGCCCGCAAGAAGGAACACGAUAAUCAAAAGCUGCACAAUCAAAAUCCAUCCUCGCAGGUCCACACGCAGCUGCCACAGGCCAAGGGUGUGGAGCGUGGCACGGCUCCAAGAGCUUCCUGUGAGAGAACACUGCCAGCGGACCUGAAGCCGAGCAAGGUCCACGAGAGGAAGUCGCAGACUCCGCCAGAUCGGACUGCAUCCUCAUCGGCGACGGACAAGGACUGUCUCACGAGUGGCAGCAAGGAGCGCACAAGCACGACCCCAUCACCGCAGACCGUGACAGCAGCAGCGCCCACCCAUGUGGCGGCUGCGACCAUCCCAGCCGCCGCAGCAUCCAUCGGAAUCAUUGCCCUGCGUGAUGACUCCACCGAGAGCGACCAGUCAAUAACGUACUCCCAGUCUCAGUCCGAGACUAUCCAUCGGUUGAUGUGCCGAGCGCCAAUAGCGUCCCUCGAUUGCAUGGAAGAGUUCAGUGGUACGGGCCACCUUGAUUUCGGGCGCUCCAUCAGCCUCGGCUCGAAUCCGGCUCUGCCGCUGCGCCACAGCUCAAACACCACGCCCGGGCUGCGGUACAAGAACCUGGGCAAGAGCGGACUGCGGGUGUCCAAUGUGGGCCUGGGUACGUGGCCGGUGUUCUCCUCGGGCGUGCCCGAGGACCAGGCGGAGGCCAUCAUCCGGCUGGCGGUGGAGAGCGGCAUAAAUCUGUUCGACAUCAGCGAGGCGCACUCGGAGACGGAACUGGGCAAGAUUCUGCAGAAGUGCGCGUGGAAGAGGACCAGCUUCGUGGUGUCGACCAAGAUCUACUGGAGUACAAAGUCGGAGGAGCGCGGACUGUCGCGGAAGCACAUCAUCGAGAGCGUGAAGGCGAGCCUGCAGCGCCUUCAGCUGCAGUACAUCGACAUUGUGAUAAUCCACAAGGCUGACUCCAUGUGCCCCAUGGAGGAGAUCGUCCGAGCCAUGAACUACGUCAUCUCCCAGGGAUGGGCCAUGUACUGGGGCACCGCGCGCUGGUCGCCCGUCGAGAUCAUGGAGGCCUACACCAACUGCCGCCAGUUCAACUGCAUCACGCCCAUCGUGGAGCAGGCGGAGUACCACAUGUUCAACCGCGAGAAGGCUGAGCUCUACCUGCCCGAGAUGUACAACAAGAUCGGCGUAGGCCUCAUGGCCUGGGGCCCGCUCUCCAUGGCGUUGGGCGACACGCAGAAUGGCGAGCGCAUCCUCUUCUCCAAGGGCUCCUUUAAGACUAAGAGCCACAGCUACUCGUGGACAGAAGAUGAGGCCAACAAGGAUAGUUUCGGUUGGAGCAAGGAACGGCUCGAGGAAGGACGUCGACAGGUGGACAAGAUUAGAGAUGUUGCUACACUGGCUGAAAAGUUAGGUUGUAGUCCGACACAGUUGUCCAUAGCGUGGUCUUUGAAGCACGAACCUGUGCAAUGUCUGCUCUUGAGCGCAAUAACGCCUGAGCAACUGCACCAGAGUCUGCAGGCCUUGCAGCUGUUGCCGCGCCUGUCGACGGCCGUGAUGCUGGAAUUGGAGAGACUAUUGGACAAUAAACCCGUUCGGCCGCCGCCAAUCUCCACACUGGCACUUCGGUGACAAUCAGCCUGCCCCCCGGGGCCACCCAGUUCAACUGGGCAACCCUGCGGGGCAGAGUCACCCAAGGAGGAGGACCUGAGCAUAGACAUAGCUCUGUAAUCGUCAACUUUCAAGUCACAUCCAUCUUCAUUGGAGAAAGUCUUGAUGAGCGCGUUUGUCCCUUUUUCUCACUUAUUCUCUCAUCAGCGACAAACUCACGCAAUUGCGAAACAAUACGAGAGAAGCAAAAGAAGAGAAUUAUAUGUAAAAUUAAGUCGAAUCAUUGAUAAAAUUUUUGCUAAAAUAAAAUUGAGACAUUAAAUUCACACCAUGCUCUUAUUAAUAAAAGAAAAAAAAUUGCUACAUCAAUGCGAGGGACAGCAAGGGAAAUCUAGAAACAAUAAUUAAAGAAAAAAAUUUGAAUAUUUAAAGAGAAUUAAAUUAUAAAGUAAUAAGAAGCCAAGCUUCGCGAGAAUUUUUAUGACAAGAAGAAGAAGAAAAAAAUGAACAAUGAUUAAACUUAAGAAAAUUGUGAGGAGAGUUGAAUUAAAUAUACAUUUACAUCUUUGAUCAUGAAUCGAUUUCAAAUCUUGUACAUUAGAAAUAUAAACGAGAAUUAUAUAAUUAACAAAAAGAAGGAAAAAAAUGAACAAUGAGAAUUCUUACUACUCAAAGUGAAAAUUGUACUGCGAAAUAUAUUGAUAUAUAAAAUGAA